CGGGCGCCAGUUUUAUUGUAUUCAGUGGAGCCCUCAAGUCGAGCACUGGACUCACUGCCAAAAUGUCUAUCGUUGAGGACGGACUGCUCGUUCAGAUCCCUCCCAACACAAUGACUCAAUUGAGGAACUCUAUUAAAGACAUGAAAGACUAUGACAUCAAAUGUGGUAAAAUUGAUUCACUGCCAGAAGAGGUGAUACAUAUGUCGUGGGCUGAAGAGGACAUGACUGUCAACCUCGGCGUCCGAAGUCCUAUUGACGCUACAAAUCUGGAGGGAAUUCAAAGCAUACGAAUAUACAACGGAACCGAUUAUACAAACAAUAAGUUUGUGAUCCGAUGGACAGAAGUGUUCUUUCUUCACGUCAAUGAAAACAGUCGAAGGAAUGAUUCGUUAGACUCGAGUAGAUUAGCCGAAAUGAUAUCUCAAGCAUUUUGUUUGGCAUUGAUUUCGUGUUUGGAUCAGUUGUUUGACAGCGGGUGCACUAAAAUCGGUUUAAGAAUUAAUUUGGAUUCCGAUAAAGUAGGAUAUGAAGUGGGAAGCAAUGGCACGUCUCUACCGCCCCAAUACAGCACUGAAUUGGACGGCGCACUCAUACCUGUCAUUAUGGACAACAUCUCGACCGGCAUUGAAGACCAACUCGUUAUGGAAUUAUUGUUUCAUAUUUUAGUGAAAUAAGCGAUACUUUUAUUUAUAUUAAUACCAGAAU